UAUUUUAGAUGAACAGACAAGAGUUUCUCAUGGAUCUGAAAAAAAAUUCUCCUAGUCAUUCAGCACCUCAAGGGGCCUCAUUUCAUAGGUCUGUUAUGGUUGUGCUCCAAGUCUUGCGUUUACUCAAGUCAAUGAGGCGGCUAAGCAUUCAUCCAGCUGUUGUAGGAGUUGAACCGAAACCUGAUGAGAUUUCAACCGUCCCAAGGAAAGAGGAGGAAAACUUCAAUCCUUGUGAUGAGUGUAAUGAAUUACGGCAUUUAAAAUUGAAGUUUUCAAACAACAUGAUAAAAGGUCCAGUUUAUACUGGGGUACCCAUAGGUGAAGAUCUGGGCAAUACCUUCAAUCUAGAUUUAGUUGAUUGCUUUACUGAAAAUAUUGUUAAAUUUGGGCCUGAAGCAUCAAGUAAGGUGGAAAUAGUUGUCUUUGAGAAAGAACAACUCAAAACAGUUACAAAUUGGCUGGAUGGAAAAUCACUGAUUCGGGGAGAUCCUCAAGUCAAGUUGAAAGACGGUAGAGUUUCUGUCAGUCAUAUAUCAUUCAAACAUACAAAUGUAUCGAUGAGAAAACGUGAGUUCAGAUUAGGUGCAAGAGCUGUGGAUAAUUGUGAUAUUAUUGAAGCAGUUACUGAACCAUUCUUCGUUGUGGAUCGUCGUUCCAUGCCCAAGAGCAAGAAGCCUCUAAAACUUGAUGAUCAAGUUUGGAAACUGCCAACGAUUGGCAAAGGCGGUCCUUCUCAUCAGUGUUUAACCAAGGAAAACAUUAUAACUGUGCGGGAUUUUUUAACUAACUACUUUUUGAACCGUGAAAAGCUACUCACCGAGACUACUGAAAUAGUCCAGACCGGAUCGGAUAUGAUUUCAUGAUUUUACCUACUGGCCGAUCCUUGACAGGAGCAGUUUGCACGUAAAGAAAUUGGAAGAAGCAGUUAAUCAGGCAAAGAGUAAACUUGAGUUGAAAAGAUAUGUGUAUCCCCGAGAAAAUCCACAAGUUAAAUAUACUGAGGUGGGAGAAUUGAUUGG